AUGAAGAGCAAAAUUGUUUCAUCUGGCACCCCUGGCGACUCUGGCGACUUCGGUCUGGGACAGACGGACGCAAUACCGAACGGCGUUCCAGCAUGGACUCGAUACAUGCCAGGGCCAUCCCCGACGUACCGUUUCGUUGGGCUGCCUCCUAAGGUCUCGAGAAUUGGCGUAGUUGCUUGCGGAUGCUGCAUCAUGUCACUUUCAGGAUACAAUCUCGCACUCAUGGGCAGCAUUUCCGGUUUAGACUCGUACCUCCAAGUCAUCGGACUCACAGACGGAAGCAAUCAUACUCAGCUCCUCAUCGGCCUGAUCAACUGCGUCUACUGGAUUGGUGUCAUCCUCGGCGCCCUUCUCGUUGGUUCCUUCUCAGAUCGCGUUGGCCGCCGACGUGCCAUUGUCUUUACUGGCAUCUUCGCGGUUGCCAUCAUUCAAACGUUUGCAUCUCUGCAGAGCUUCCCAUGGGCUCUGGCGCUUCGUUUCCUCAACGGGUGCGCUACGGGAUCCUUCGAUUCUGUGGGACUGAACUGGUCAGCUGAAAGCGCUGAUCAUCGCCGCCGAGGCCGUAUAAUGGGCAUUUUGAUGUGCUGCGCUGCUACAGGCACGGCCAUCGCUUACUUCAUCCCGUAUGGUUUGGCCAAGCACACUACAGGCGAGAUAGUCUGGAGGCUACCGAUGUCAUUUCAGCUGAUUUACGUCAUCACCGUCCUGUCUAUGGUGUGUUUCCUGCCUGAAUCGCCACGCUGGCUCGUCAAAGUCGGCCUCAUCAAUGCAGCCCGGGAUGGUCUCCGGAGUGUCAAGUCCAUCGAAGAUCCUAUUGAGCUUGAGGAGACUGUGGAGUCCGAACUUCUUUCGAUUGCACAGGCGAUAGAGACGGAACGUAUACACAAUUCGUCGGCAAGCUAUUGGGCUAUGUUGACGGCUCCAGACGAUCUGAAAACGGCUCGACGGACUUGGUCGGCAAUUUUCAUACAGUUCGCGACACAAGCAAUGGUCGGUUCGGGGUUUGUCUCUGGGUACGGUAUUUAA